AAUAAUUUUAAUGCCUGAAGGAAUUUAUGUUUCUCUUUUGCUACCUGCCUUUUAAGUUAAACAUGAAAAUUAGAUUGUAUUAUAUUCAAUAAAGCAUUAAGGAUAAACUCUUAAAAUAAACAUUGUGUAUAACAUCUUAAUCUUAUGAAUUGUUUGAAAUUCCAUCUAAAAUUGGCAAAGAAUUUUGUGUUAGAUUAAUCUAAAAUUGUAAGAUUAAUUGGAUCAUCUUAAGCUUUUAAUUUAUAGGAUUUAGAAAAACUCAUGGAAGAUAAUAGGUCACUCUAAGCAUCAUAUUAAAAAUGUAAAGAAUCUUUGUAGGCACUUAAUUGUGAAUUUGAAAAAAUUAUGAAUGACCCAUAAACCUUAUCAGAAAAUGAAAAAAUGAAACAUUAAAAACUAACGACAAAAUACAAACAAGUCACUGAUGAAAAUAAAAGACUCAGAUAACAUUUAAAGUAAACAUAAACUUUACUUAGACAAUUAAAUGAAGAUUUUUGUAAACAGAGGAUUGAGACCUAAACUACAUUUGAUUCUCUUAGAGAAGAAAUAGAUUUAUUAGUAAAGGUAAUUACAUAUUACUUAUUCUAAAAGGAACUAGCCCCAUUUUAACAAUAGAAAAAGUAAAAUGAUAUUUUAAUAUCUAAUUGA